AUGUUUCUCCACAGCCGAGAGAUCAUUCAUGGUGGGCUCGACUUCAACUCAAUCGUCGUUGAUUCCCAUCUCAAUGCGAAAACCAUCAUAACCACCACUGCUUACCGAGCAAGGCACUCAACCCAUGGUGCAAAAGCCAAAGUUGAGGACGUCUUCCACGUUGGACUGCUUCUCUACCGUAUGAUAACUGGCAGAGAAGCAGAAUUUAACAAAGAGGGACAACUAAUUGGUGGACCAAGCCCUUAUUUGAGAAUCUCUGAAGAAGGAUUGAAGUUGGCUAAAUUUAUGUUAACGAAAAGUGUAAGAUUUCCACCUACAAUUGGACGUGUCCGAUACAGUGAGUGGCUGGAAGACUGUGAUAAAAAUCCAUCAGUAUUCGUAAUGUUCCCAGAUUAUACAGAUCAAGAUCUUCUGUAG